AUGCUCACUGCAAGGACAGUCCUGCUGCUCAUGAUGCUCCUCACCUUCUCCCUGCACCGUGCUGCAGCCCACCACACGCCCAUCGAGUGCUGCUUCGGGUACGCGCAGAAACCCAUCCGACACAUGCAGAGUUUCUAUGAGACGCCCAGAGAAUGCUCCUUGCCUGCGGUGGUGAUUGUGUCUGCCACUGGUCAUGAGAUCUGCGCUGACCCCAAGAAGCCCUGGGUGAAGAAGGCCAUGCGGAAGCUUAGAAAGAAAGAAUAA